GCACAGAAGUUCAUCUGCUGCGUACAUGCGUGUGCGCUGAAGGACGUGCUGGUCAUGCUGGUAAAACCCUCAGUUGUUCAUCCUCCACAGUAUAAACGUAUCUCUGCUGCUGAUGGUCCACACAGAACAGUCUGAGCUCCUGCAGCCUGCACAUCACCUGAAGCUCUCCGACCUCUCACCUCACUCAGGGCCUUGAACGUCGGUUUGGUGGUAACCUCCCUCCUCCUGAAUGUCCUCUCCUACAAACUGGUCACUGCCGGUGUUCACGCUGAGCCCAGCAGCUCUGCAGACGGCUGUACAGAAGCUGCGAGCAGAGGUCCUCCUGUAACCUGUAAGCCAACGUUCUUUAGUUUUUCUCCCAGGAGCAGAUACACUGCUUCAUCUCUCUGAGGUCAGGCUCAGAGGCUGUGGCAGAGCUGCAUGUGCGCACCGCUCAGCUUCACCGAGUUUGUGGACGCUUUAAAGUCCGUUAAAGACAAAAACGUGUUUCUGUUAGAGACGCUCCUCAACUCUUCCCUGUGGGAUUUUUGCUUUUCUUUACGUUUUGUUGCAUUGCACACGUCUCAUUGAAUCUCCACGCUGCACAGGGGUGUGGUCUCCGGGUCUGCUCCUGGUCAGACUUUCACCUCAUCACCAUCCAGCUCAUGUAAACACUUUGUUUUUGAAAUGAAGAUCCAGAUGAAAGAUCUCAGUUUUUCCCCGCUGUAGUUUGUGAAAGGUCAGAGGUCACUGCAGCAGGACGGAAAGGUGAGGAGGCAGAGAUAUAAACACUGGGAUGGACUUCCUGUUGGUAAACCUGACGGUGAGGAGACACAUCGACCUUUAAACAAACAGAAGCAGGGCUUUAUUCGGUCUUUACUUUGGAGUCACAAGUUUACUUGAGAAUCCAUAGAAGCAAAACCGGAACGACACCUGCAGAGAGUCCAGGUCCUGCAGGUGACGAGGCCGCGCUGCUCGUUAUACAGUAAGUGGAUCCUGACAGAGAGCGUGAACGUGGCCGCCGACCUGCUGGGAGUUCCCCGAGGAAACAUCCAGGAGCUCUGGAGGAAAGGACCGAGGAGACGAUAGCGCCUCUGUUUGAGUCGUCCUCCUAUUUAAAGGCCGUCUGCCCUCAAAGCGUUUAUGGUUCAUUCUCACUGGGAAUAACUGUGUGACCUCAUCACUAAUGGUAGCGGACACGGCGCUGCUCCGAUGUCCACCUCGCUGAGCUUCCUCCUGCUGCAGCACAAAUAUCAAAGCUGUGAAUUCGUCCCAACUGUCAGAGCGUUUUCAGACCUCGCAGCAGAUGAAGGUCACACGCCGAGUCCACAGUCGGGCUGAGAAAGGUCACGUUGUCCUCACGCUCGCCGCCUCCACCGCCAAGGCCGCCCAGCCGACAGGAAGUGAUUGGCUGUCACAGUCAGAGAGAAACAAAACCGUGUUUCAUGUUCAUUCCUCCUGAAUUCUUCUCUCCACAGCUGGAAUGCCACAGGACCGACCACCGCCCUCCAUCUGGAUCACUUCCUGUCAGGACGUGGAAAUCAGUGGAAAUAUUUCUCUGUACAAAUGCAACGAAUCGAUCAGCUGAUCACUGCAGCUAUGAAUCCUUCCAGCUGUUUGGCUUCAUGCUGACUGAAGAAGAGGAGGACGAUGAAGGUCACCUCUGUCCUCAUCAGGAAACAGAACUGGAACCACAGAGAAAGUAGCUGGACAACAUCAGCGUCAUCACUGUACGCGUGCAGAGCCCCUCCCCCCCGCUCUCUGAUAUAAAGCAGAAACAGCUCGAGUGUUUCUGUUUGAGUGAAGAGACGCCGCAGAGACGCAAACGCACGUCAGACUGCCCUCUGAGAUGAAGCUGAAUGUGUUGCUGUGGCUCACGGCUCUGCUCGCCGCUGUCCUCCCUCGCUCUGCUGACGCCCAGCCGGCCGCCGCUCCUGCUGACCGCCGCCUCUUUCCCCGACCACUGCUCCUCCACCUGGGGCAAGAGCUCUCCCUCAGGAUGGGUGGAGGAAGCGGUGCUCCCGAGCUCCUCUCCUCCUCUUCCUCAGCGGUGAAAUGGGCUCUGCUGCAGCUCACACAGCGCCUCUUACAGGCCCGGGCGGAGCAGCAGCAGGACGAGGAAGCCGGGGAGAAGGGGAAGAGGUCCGACGAGCCUCCCAUCUCUCUGGACCUGACCUUCCACCUGCUCAGGGAGGUUCUGGAGAUGGCCCGGGCGGAGCAGAUUGCGCAGCAGGCCGACAGCAACCGCAUGAUCAUGGAUACCCUCGGAAAGUGAAGAAGAAGAAGACUGCACUUCCAGCAUGACGUGCGACACUUCAGCCGGUGCGGCCGUUUACUGACAGCUGAUGUUUUAACUUCAUGAAUAAAAUCUUUGUUGUUUGAACAGCUUGUUUUUGAAAACUGACAUUUUACCUGUUCAAUAAAAAGACAAACCAGCUCCCCCUGUCUCAGCUGAUCUCCGUCUGUAAAGCUAAACGAUUUCUGGUUUGGAGUUUGGUGUCAGCUGACUGGCCCCAGGCAGGAGCAGAAUAAAGGUCAAUAAUAAAAAAUCAUUUAUUUC